AUCUUCAGCAAGACUUGACAAUGGACUCACCCUCAUGCAACGCUGCGUCAAUUGACGCCUGCUUCCCUCUUCUCGAACUCCCGCGGGAGUUACAAUUGAAGUGCUACGAGCUAGUUGUGACGUUCCCAUACCCACAGUAUCUACGGGAAUUGACCCCAAUCAGUCGCGUUGAUCCUAUUGCGUAUUCUGCCGUCGGUUUCUGGACUAAUUCUCCUGGAUGGACACCUGGCCAGCCAGCAAUUACCAAAGUUUCUCGUCAGGUUCGCAAAGAUUCUUUAGAAUUGUACUAUAAAUGUAACACCUUCAUCAUGGACUACAAUGUGACGGAAAUAAGUUGCCUCUGGCCAACCUCACGCUUCCCUAAUGCUUCCAGCGCGGAAAAUCUACGUUAUCUCCGCUCAAUCAACUGCCACAUGAGACUCGACGACAAAUGUCCAAAUCCUGGCAGCCCAAAACUAAAGUGUCAGCUCAGUCUGAACGUAAAUGUCAGGAUCUCGGGCGAAAACAAUAUCGAGGUUGAGCUAUGUGGUCCAGAGAGCGUUAAUACCCGGGCUCGCAAAGAGUAUCUUGUACGAGAAGUGAAGGCCUCGAUUGGAGAGCCUGGUUCCAAAGGUUACGACGGCAUCCAUCUUCUCAAAGCCGCAGUCAUAUUGCACGAAGGCUUAGUUUGCACGGAUAGUACACCUCAGUGGCGAGAUAUUGGACUUCGUGUGAGCGAACACAGACUGUUUUUCGCCCUCGUGUCACAACCAGAGGUCCCAAGUCAGGCUGCGUUCAAUCCAGGGGGUGGAGGUGCGCCUUCUGGAGGGAUUUCUGCACCUAAUCCCCGUCGAUUUGAUCAACUUCUACAACGACUUCAAGGUGGUGGACCUCCUUAUCCACCGCCGUUCUCUUUUAACAACAACCUUCCUUCCACUCAACAAGCAACCACUGCUCAGCCUUCUACUCUCCAUCAAUCUGCCUCUGCAUCCCAUGCUCAAGCCAAUCAAUCGGCUCCAGCUCCUGUUGAUAAUCCCAACGACGGGCCUAAUGCCACAAACAACAACCAGUAGCCACUUCAAUGGCAUGAACAAUCCCUGGAAGCCAGAAAACGCGACUGCCGCCCUGUCAAAAUGGGACAGCUCCCGCACAACCUAAUUUGCUUCGUCUACCAACUAGACAGCACUAGCUCCAUCUACUCAGAAACAGACGCACUCAGAUGCUCCAGAGCAGCAAUAUGAAUAUACUUAACGUACUUCCUUCGACCGUAAUAGUAAU